AUGUCUCAGACUCAGUCUCACCCCACAACAACCUUCCAAUUCCCACCAACCUACUCCUUCCCCCCGUUCUUCACCCCCCAACCCAACAGCACAACCCGCCUCUCCCAGCUGCAGAAAUGGUCCUCGCUCAUCCAAUCCUGGUGCCGCCAUUAUCGCAUCUACCGCCUCUCGCUGAUUGAAGCGAUCGAGAGCCCGCUCUUCCAUAAUGCUACGCUGCGGAAACGGUUAAGUCUGAGCGAGGCCAGGGCUGUAUUGGAUUGGAUGGCCAAACCCGAAGAGGAAGGGGGUGGCGGGAGGCGGGCAGAAUGGAUCGAUGGGGGAAGUAAGUCGGUGGCCUGGAUUUGGUGGAGGAGACCGGAGGAGUGGGCGGGGAUUGUGGCAGAUUGGGUGGAAGCGACAGGGCAGAAGAAUGUUGUCCUGACGGUGUACGAGCUGCUGGAUGGGGAGGCUACAAUGUCGCAAGAAUGGCAUGGUAUGGAUGCAGACGUGAUGCUCAAGUCUCUGAACGUUCUUGUAAAACGCGGCAAGGCCCAGGUUUUCGGCAGUGAAGGCCAGGAAGGUGUCAAGUUUUUCUGA